GAAACUUUACUCCCAAUUUGUAAAUCUUUCUUCAAUUGAUUGGUAAUUUGUUCGCCGGAAGCAAUGGUGAUGACAAACUUUACUGGAACCGGUAUCGGUUUUGGUGCUGGCAUUGGUUGCGGAUUCGGUGUAGGAUGGGGUUUCGGAGGCAUGCCUUUGAAUUUCUUGGGUCUUGGUGUAGGUGGCGGCUGUGGGGUUGGAGUAGGCCUCGGAUGGGGAUUUGGCUCUGCCUUUGGUAGCCAGUACAGGAACUCUAGAGUUACAUUUGACGGCACAGAUUUUAUCAAUAAGGAGCAUAGUGAAGAAAGAGAUUCAAAAGAUCUAGCCAAAGGCACUCGAAAAGCUCAUUCUUCUCAGUAAAUAUACACAUCUUCUGUUGAUGCACUGAUAUUCUCACUUCAAAAUUUGUCAAAGUUGUACAACUAGUUCCAUUUCAGCUAUCACUUGGAAACAUAUGUAGUAUCAUUUGACAGCACUCUCUUCUUUGAUGUGUAAAAUUUGUUUCCUUAUGAUGCUUGGAAAAAUCUGUACUUGAAGCUUUAGCUUGA